CAAUUGCAUGGGGAUCCCCGGAGAAGCAGCAUAAGCGACGGUGGUGCUGCUAACUCAGUUCUGUCGUCUCUUCCCAGAGCAAAACAAGAUGCCGGUACAAGCCGCUUCUUCGCUCGGUCUUGUAGUAACCCUGAGCUGCCUGUUCAGUUUGCUGACGGCGACCGUUCAACUUCCUCCAGAUGAAUACUACGACAGAGAUAACAAGGAAGUCGACUACGAUUUUGUCGUGGUUGGAGGUGGCUCGGCAGGCUGCGUGGUGGCCAACAGGCUCUCUGCUAACCCAAAUGUUUCGGUGCUGUUGAUUGAAGCAGGCCAUGCAGAAGACACCACUUCCGAAGUACCUUUGCUGUCUUCCCUGCAAGUCUUAGGUCCGAACGCCUGGAAGUCGAGGACCGUGCCGCAGGCCAAUGCUUGCUACGCGUACAAGGAAAAUAGAUGCUUCGCAGCCAUUGGGCGAGUUCUCGGAGGAGGAAGCGUCAUCAACGGUAUGCUUCUCGUGCGUGGCAACAGACACGACUUCGACAACUGGGAAGCCAAUGGAGCAACAGGGUGGUCCUAUGACGACGUGCUUCCGCAUUUCAAAGCCAUCGAACGAUUUAGCAUUCCCGAAUAUCACAACACAGAAUACCACAGUUCAGAUGGUGAGCUGCCAGAGAAUUUCGCACCGUGGCACAGUGAACUUAGCGAAGCUUUCCUGCAAGGCAUGAAGGAACAGGGCUUCAACGAGAUCGACUUUAACGGUGCCAAUCAGACAGGUCAUUCGUUCACCCACUUCAACCAGGAAAAUAACAGACGAAUGAGUUCCAGUAAAGUGUUUAUUCGGCCUGUUAUUCAAGACAGACCUAACCUAAGCGUAACUCUCGGAAGUGUAGCGACAAAGAUAGAGUUCGAAGAACUUCGGGCAGUGGGCGUCCAUUACACUAAGAAGGGAGCUGCCCAUUACGCGAGAGCUAGGCGUGAAGUGAUUUUGUGCGCAGGUGCUAUCGCAACGCCGCAGCUCCUCAUGCUUUCAGGAGUAGGACCCAAGACCGAACUGGACCGACUAAAGAUUCCAACGGUCGUCAACCUCCCGGUUGGUGAGAACCUUCAAGACCAUGUUGGAGUUGGAGGCGUAUCAGCGACGAUGGAGAGGAACGCUGGAAUUAAUCCCAAUGAUCCGACAAUGCUCGUGGAUUACCUAUUAUUCGGAUCAGGUCCACUGACGGUAGGCAUGGGCGUCGAAAAUGUGGCGUUCAUGAAUACUCCAUUGGCCCCACAAGAGCAAGACUAUCCUGAUGCUCAAGUGUUACUCAUGUCCGUAGCGGCUCCAACAGUGGGAGCGUCUCUGAAAGCCGCAGGCAUGAAGCAAGAGGUGGUCGACAAAUAUAUGAAGCCACAUCAAGACGAAUACGGAUUCUCGUUGCUUCCUCUGGUCCUGAGACCACUUUCAAGAGGCCGCGUUACUCUGAACAGCACCAAUCCCUUUGACUAUCCUGUUGUGGACCCCGGUUACUUGUCACAUCCUGCAGACGUACAACAGAUAGUGGAAGCAACCAAAGUAGCCCUGAAGAUCCUGGACACGCAACCGAUGCAGGCACUUGGCGUGAAGCGAUGGAAUAUAUCGAUGCCAGGUUGCGAAAACCUGGAGCAGUGGAGCGAUGGCUACAUCGCAUGUCUCGGGAAGCAUAUGACACAAUUUUCUAUGCACUACUCCUCCACAUGCCCAAUGGGGAAUGACACGAAUGCCGUUGUGGACGCCAGACUGAGAGUAAGAGGUGGCGUGAAGAAUCUUCGAGUUGUCGACUGCUCCAUCAUGCCGACUAUCGUCUCCGGAAAUACCAAUUUUCCUGCAAUGAUGAUCGGCGACAAAGGAGCUGCGAUGGUACUACAGGACAACGGAAUUAGUGUUGACUGAGCGAAUUUUAUGAAUUUAUGGCCACGACCUACUAGAUUAUAACGACCACGUCAUAGGCACCCCUUCCUAUAGCGCCGCAUUUGGAAGCUAGCGGUGGCGCCACUCAUCGGCCCGGUUAUUUCUUCCUCAACUUCUACAAUACUUUCUACUUCAGCUUACCUUAGUAUUUUCGUACAAGCGGUGGAUGUCCCACGGAAGAUGUUUCAUUCUAAAGUUGAUUAUCAUCAUCAUUCUACUCGAUUUCAUGGGAGCUGUUGCUGUCGUCAACUACGGUAGUCGUACGUCCGCUUCUGCGCGUCCAAAAUUCAAGUUUCAAUUGUCCAAUCAUGAUUUAGAUCUCGCGUGCCGAUGAGUAGCGCCCCUAGCGGAUCUUGCGGACGGGCUCUUCAUAGGCGUGGCCGAUUAUGAUAUGGUCGAUAUAAUCUAGUGGGUCGUGUUUAUGGCCAAUAAUAUAAGCGAACACUUUUUAAAUGAAACUGUUUCUCAUAUAUCAAUGUUGUCGCACCAAGUAAAAGUUAAGCUAUCUCUACUCGGAACGAACGCUUGCGCUGCUGUAUAGUACACCCUUAGAGAGACUUUCCUGUGAAGGAACAGCUUACUACAAAACAUACCAAACAUAUACCCAUCACAUGUGCGCCUCAUGUCACCGCAUUUGCUGUCAUUAACCAGCUGAAAGCAAAACGUUAUACCGAUAGACAUAAAAAACGGUUCUUUACACUACUGUGAACCUGCAUUGACAGUCUCACAGCGAGGAGGGUAAUAGAAGCUGAGAAAAUAGGCACCGCGAAUGCCGAAACUCACGCGGCUCUGAUGUCACAGCCUUCGCCUCCGUCUGGGAGGGAGCUCACGAGAAGUCACAUGCUUACGGCCGCCAAUGGGGAUGUACCCACCUCUGACCUCUGACGUAUGCGACUUGCUUGGGAGUGUGUUCGGGGGCUUGUAUCUCGCAAAGUACGACAUGUAGAAUUUUUUUCGGUCUUCUGACGUGCAGUACAAUGGGUUCAUAAUGUAAUGAACCAUGUCCAUGAAAGUCCCCUUUAAGGGGACGGUCGCACCCGGAAUCCCAUCUAUGAAACAGACACCACUGUGUUCGGUAUAGGCUAUUUUCGUGACGUCACCACCUCAGCAUGACGUCACACCCUAAACAGGAUGGGGGAAAGGGCGAAACUCAGGGGAGAAAGCCGCCGUCCAGACGCCCGCACGGCCGCGGUAUCCCUUUCCCCAAAGCCGUGUUUUGACUUAGUGUAGAAAAUUGCGUUUUCGCUUUUUUCCAGCAAGGGAUUUCCGGUAUAUUCUCAACAUCCGGCGUCCGCUCUUGUCAUGUAUUCCAUCGAAUAGCAGUCAAAUAACGCCUCCAUUUAUUUUCCUUUUGCGCUACAACACAAUUGGAGGAGGUACGCCAAAAAGCAGCAAACGCUGCUUGACUAUGGCAACACCCCUUGCAUUUGGCGUCCGCAGCAGAAAGUCAAAGAAUUGCAUUAAGUUUCAGCACCGUACAAU